AUGCCUCGGCGACGCAGACAGCCCAAGAAAAAGCCUUUCAAGUCUCUCUUACGAGUGCUUCCUGGGCUGGGGAUGAAUUAUCCGCAUACAGGCUAUCUUCUCGGCCAGCCUCGUAAAGACGACAGUGUCGUGACGGCACUCGAGAAAGCAGGACUUAUCCCGACUGGCAAAGGCAAAGCGGCAACAUCUUCAACCAAGCCUGUCGAUGAAGCACUGGCAGACAUGUUCGCCCUGGGACUACGUCCCGAUAUCAAGAUCCACCUAACCGCCCAAAACGGCGGCCUUCUGGAAUUUCUCAGCGCGCUCAAGAAAGCCGUCCCCUGGGCCCAGAAUAUCGGAGAGUCGGUGUUCAUUGAGCUGUGUGAGCGCCUAGUCGCAGCGCGAAUGGUGUGCCGCGAGACAUCCAGCGAGCCUUGGGGCCCUAAUCGCUGCAGCACGGCGACGAGCAUCGACGAAAUGUACAAAGAGAUCAGAGGCCUUUGGAACAUAGCGGAGUUCGAGCUUUACGAAAUUAUGGGAGGCUAUGAAGAAGAGGACAAUGCGAACGGCCCAUCUAAUACCAUGGAUGUCGAGAUGACCGAUGCGCCGCCCGCCGCGUUGGAAGGCGAUGUCGAGGAGGAGAACAUCAGGGAAGGCGUGAGGCAGAUGAAUCUGAAGAACCGAAUGAAUCCACGGACUUACUGGUACCGAAGCGAGGACGUGUGA